GUGGAAGCAACAUAGAAGAGUCUUCUAGACUGAACCACACAACCAUCUGGAUCGCACAACAAUAAUGAAUGCAAAGGCAUCGUAGCCAAGAAAGUUCAGUCCAGCAACUAAGAAGUCGCUAUUUGGGUGGGUUAAAACAUAUAUUAUUGAAAAAAGAUUUUACAGAAAUAGAUGGAGAUGGAUUGGCCUGGUAAAUCGGAAACCAUUCUUUGGAACAGAAAACAAUUGUUACUUUUGAGGUGAGGUGAGGUUCAGUUUAGAGUAAAAUACAGAUGAGAGUUCUCUACAAAUGCAAAAGUAUACGUUUUUUUAAUGAGACCGUAUGGAACUGGUGUGGUGUAAACGUUUGAUUUAACCUGGAACUUUUGGAUCAGAAGUGGCUGAUUUUGUUAUAACGCACUGGUGCAUUUUGGAGGAACGCAGGGAAUUUUCCCACUUUUGGAAAGACUCUGAAAAAACGCUCGGGAAGAGGGAACUUUAUUUACUCUACUAAAAGGAUACAGUACUGCUUUUAACCAUGGGGAAUAUUGAAAGUGUGGAUGGACAGUCGGACAAUAUGAAGCAUCAUAUGAUGCCAUUGAAAGUGCCCAUGCCUGACCAGUCGGAGUUGGAGGAGAGAUUUGCUUUAGUUUUGAAUUCCAUGAACCUUCCUCCCGACAAAGCCAGACUCCUCAGACAGUAUGAUAAUGACAAGAAAUGGGACCUCAUCUGUGACCAGGAACGGUUUCAAGUGAAGAAUCCUCCUCACACCUACAUCUCCAAGCUACGGGGCUACUUAGACCCAGGAGUCACACGCAAGAAGUUCCGAAGGCGGGUCCAGGAAUCCACUAAAGUUCUGAGAGAACUGGAGAUCUCGCUGAGGACCAAUCACAUAGGGUGGGUCCGGGAGUUCCUCAAUGAUGAAAACAGAGGUCUGGAUAUCCUGGUGGAGUACCUCUCCUUUGCACAGUGUGCUGUCAUGUUGAAUUUUGAGGGUCUGGAUAAUGGGGAGGAGGGCUCCCUGGACAAGGCUACUUCCUGGAGUAGGUCUAUAGAGGAUCUACACCAGAGUGGCACUCAGCCUUUCUGCAACACGCUGGUCCGCUCGGCGCGCCAGUCUGUGCUCCGCUAUGGCACAGCACCUAACAGCAAAACCAUCAAGAACUCAAGACUCGUGAGCCAGAAGGACGACGUGCACGUUUGCAUCAUGUGCUUGCGAGCCAUAAUGAACUACCAGUAUGGCUUCAACCUGGUCAUGUCCCACGCACACGCAGUCAACGAAAUUGCCCUGAGUCUGAACAAUAAGAACUCACGGACAAAAGCCCUGGUGCUGGAGCUGCUGGCUGCAGUGUGUCUGGUUAGAGGAGGCCAUGAGAUCAUACUCUCUGCAUUCGACAACUUCAAAGAGGUGUGCAAGGAGAAGCAUCGCUUUGAGAAGCUGAUGGACUAUUUCCAUGUGGAGGAUGGGAACAUUGACUUCAUGGUGGCCUGCAUGCAGUUCAUCAACAUCAUGGUCCACUCAGUAGAAGACAUGAACUUCAGGGUUCACCUGCAGUACGAGUUCACUAAGCUGGGCCUAGAUGACUACCUGGAGAAAUCCAAGUACACAGAGAGUGACAAGCUGUCAGUCCAGAUUCAGGCCUACCUGGACAAUGUGUUUGAUGUGGGCGGCCUGCUGGAGGACGCAGAGACCAAGAACGUGGCUCUGGAGAAGGUGGAGGAACUGGAGGAACACCUGUCCCACGUGACAGAGAAGCUGCUGGAGGUGGAGAAUGAGACCAUCACGAAAGUGGCUGACCUGGAGAAGCAGCUCCUGCAGAAGGACAAGGAUCUCCACGUAAUACGGGAGACGUACGAGUCGACCAACACCCAGGUCCACACCCUGAGGAGGAUGAUCAAGGAGAAGGACGCUGCCUUCCAGAGGAGCUUCAACAUCGAGAAGCGCCUGCUGGAGAUGGAACAGCAGGGGACCAUCCGCCUCCGCAAGAAGCCGGACGGGGACAUCGCCAUCGAGCCCCUGGGAGGGGGUGGUGGAGGAGGAGGAGGGAGUAGAGGUCCGGGGGUGCCUCUGGGUGACUUUGGGCAGAACGGAGGGUUCUCAGGGGGGCCUGGAGGAGUAACAGGGCCAGGAGGACCAGGAGGACCAGGGACUAGUCUACCAUCAGCCAGUGAAGCACCUCCUCCCCCGCCUCCCCCUCCUCCGCCUCCUCCGCCUCUGCCCUCUGCUUUAGGAGCGAAUGCUCCACCCCCACCUCCCAUGGCCCCGCCUUUACCAGGAACUACACCCAACUUCAUCCUCAAUAUGGGCCUAUCAGCUAUCAGGAUCAAGAAGCCCAUCAAGACCAAGUUCCGCCUGCCUAUAUUCAACUGGACCGCGCUGAAACCCAACCAGAUCAACGGCACGGUCUUCAGCGAGAUAGAUGAUGAACGAGUACUAGAGGAGCUGGAUGUGGAGAAGUUCGAGGAGCUUUUUAAGACCAAGGCCCAGGGUCCUUUGGUGGACCUGAGUGGCCCCAAGACCAAAGUGUCUCAGAAGGCUGCCAACAAGGUCAGCCUGCUGGACGCUAACCGCUCCAAGAACCUGGCCAUCACCCUGAGGAAGGCCAACAAGAGCACUGAGGAGAUCUGCAAAGCCAUACAGAGCUUUGAUCUGAAGGCCUUGCCGGUGGACUUCGUGGAGUGUCUGAUGCGGUUCCUUCCCACAGAGGCAGAGGGGAAGACGAUGCGUCAGUACGAGCGGGAGCGACGACCGCUGGACGCGCUGACGGACGAGGACCGAUUCAUGCUCUUCUUCUCCAAGAUCGAACGGCUCACCCAGAGGAUGAAUAUCAUUACGUUCGUAGGGAACUUCUCAGACAACGUCAGCAUGCUAACCCCGCAGCUCAACGCCAUCAUCGCAGCAUCCGCGUCCGUCAAGUCUUCACCGAAGUUAAAACGCAUGCUAGAGAUCAUCUUAGCCCUGGGAAACUACAUGAACAGRAGCAAGAGAGGCUCUGUGUAUGGCUUCAAGCUACAAAGUCUUGAUCUGCUGCUGGACACCAAGUCUACAGACAGGAAGAUGACUCUGCUCCACUACAUAGCUGUGGUUGUCAAGGAGAAGUAUCCAGAGCUGGCUAACUUCUUCAACGAACUACACUUUGUGGACAAAGCUGCUGCAGUGUCUCUGGAGAAUGUGCUGCUGGACGUGCGGGAGCUGGGUAAAGGGAUGGAUCUGAUCAGGAGAGAAUGUAGUCUCCACGACCACUCUGUUCUCAAGGGCUUCCUCCAGACCAGCGACACUCAGCUUGACAAACUGCAGAAGGAUGCCAAGACUGCAGAGGAAGCCUUCAACAAUGUGGUGAACUAUUUUGGGGAGAGUUCCAAGACGACUCCUCCGUCUGUGUUCUUCCCUGUGUUUGUGCGAUUCAUCAGAGCUUACAAGGAUGCGGUGGUGGACAAUGAGCAYAGGAAAAAGCAGGAGGAAGCCAUGAGAGAGAAAUUACUGGCUCAGGAGGCCAAGCAACACGACCCCAAGGUCCAGGUAGUGAAGAAGAGGCAGCAGCAACAGGAGCUGAUCUCAGAGRUGCGUAAACGCCAGGCUAAGGACCACCGGCCCGUCUACGAGGGGAAGGACGGCACCAUCGAGGAUAUCAUCACAGAUCUCCGCAGCCAGCCUUUCCUGCGGCAUGACGCGCUGAUCCGGAGCGGCUGGAAGAGACCCUAAACAAACACUCGUUCCUCCUCAUUUAUCCCCCAUUCGCUUUAUAACCUCCCCCCCUUCCCUACCUGUGUCRCGGUGGUCUCACCCACCCGAGGCUGCACAGAGACUAAAAGGUUGACAGGACCGAACCAAUGGCCCUUGUUUUACAGGGGUAUUUAUUUAUUUAUGGAGGUCCUUUAUGGACACUGUCUCUCAACAAGCAGGUAUAACUGUAGUAUCACCGACAUAGCCUACCCUACUCUCCCACUGCAAACACACACCGCACACCGCACACAUACAGAUAAUAUUAAGAACAGAACUGGGCAGAAAGAGUCCAAAGAAGAAGAGUAUAGUGGUGAGUUGAGCCCUUAAAGAGGCGGCUCACCUCACACAAGCAGGAAGGAAGGACACUGCAACUGCAUAAUGUGGACAUGGAACCACAAGUGCCUCCUGCCAAGUGCCUGCCAACGUGGAUCUUAUUUCCAUGAAUGUGGAUUUCCUCCGCGCAAGUUGAGGAUGGGAGACAGUCGGUCGGUUGUAUAAAAUGACAGCAUAUGUUGACUCUACUGCUGGGAUUUCCACUUCAAAGAGAACAGGGUUGUUUUCAUAAGGCCCCAAAACGAAAGAAAACAGACUGAAACAGGGAGGGACUAGCUGGACUUGACCAAUAAGAAACGCUUAUUUUUGAUUUCCGUGGCCGAACGCUUUAGGUUYUGUGCCCUAAUGAAUAUGGCCCAGGGUUUUGCCAUCACAGAACGUCUCUGUCCACAGAUGAAAGAAGGAUUGAAGAUUAUUGUUAGAGACCUUUAAUCUUUGGAGAUGUUUCUGUACAAGCUAGCCAAACCAAACUUCCUCUACUCUCAUGUCUUAUUAUUUUGAGAACGAAUAAGUGCCUUUUUGUUUAGACAGUAUUAUUUCUGUGACUCGGCUAUAAUUUGUAUCUUUAGUUGUUAAAUAUUUUAUUUUUUAUUGCAUUUUUUUGAUAACAUUACCUUCAAAAACAAAACAAAAAAAAGAAUCAUAUGCAAUGGUUUGGAAUCAGAAUUCCAGCUUUAAUCACUAUACAGUAUUUAAAGGUUGCUUCUCYGCACUGUAAUCUAAAUUAGUUUAGGCCAAGUGUCUUUGAAARCAUUUGAUGAGUGGGUAAAAACAUUCCAUGUAUUUACUUUCUAUUACUUUUAACUUUAUGACCUACAGUCCAAUCACCACUUCAGUCUUACCAUUUAGGCCGGGUUUCAUUCCAAUCCGCCUUAUAGUGCGGUUGACAUUCAGGGCUCCAUUCAAAAACUGGAUCGCUGGAGCGUUACAGAUUGGGGGAUAGAAAUGUUAAAGGUAAUUUCCCGACUGAGCCGACAUAUGCAGCGUUUACAGUGAAUGCAGUCGGCGUUUGGAACUUUGCCUUUAAGCUUCAAUCACGCUGAACUUCCGAGACACGGGUUGAAUAGAGCCCUUUUAAGGUCUGUCCGAUUAAGCCAAGAUAUCCAGCGUUUCCGUCAAUACGGUCAUGCAUUUGUUGGUAGGUAAAGAAUGCAUUGCUAUGAGUCUAACCAUGUUCUUUAUGCUCUCUUCGCAUUAAGUUUUAGAACUAAUGAUGAACAAUUUCCCCCUAAAUAGCCAUCAAGUAGGCGCAAUGAUUGUGCACUCAGAUUUACAAUCUGUGUUUCAAUAUGGCAUUUCCACAAAAGGGACAGCGCAUAUUUACACUACUUACAUUGCCUUAAUGUUGUAUGAGACACUACUUCUAUAGCAGAUAUUUCUACAUGCAUUUACAUUUGAUGUAAAUCAACGAAUAGAAGGCUUUUACUUGUGCUUUUCUGUCGUAAGGAUGAAAUGAAAUAGUGCCUGUUGUUCAAAAGAUGACUUCCCCCCCUUAAUAAACAAAAUGACAAUGUGACUCACAAUU